AUGUUUCAUGUGCGGUUUCCUUUCGUACAAGAAGGACAUCGCCGACUUUGCAUCUCUGCAAGUAGCUUUUCCAGUCCAGCACAAGCACCUCUCUGAUGCCACGGGGAGCGAGAAGGCGGUCCCGUUUCUGCGCCUCCUACGGGCAUGAGCAAAGAGUGCGAUUUCUCCGGAAGAGAAAACUUUAUGCGAAGCCGUUUUGACAGACGGCGGGGUUGCUUAGGAAAGCAUUUUCAGACGAAGAGAAAGUCGAUCGUGUGUUGUUGGGAGGGCAAGGUGGCCUGGUGGUUAUUUUUUUACCGAUCGAUUUUGUUUGCUCCUGGGAAACUUUAAAUACCAUCGAUUGGGUAUCCCGCCUAUAGUCAGGAAACCUGGUUAUGGUCACUUAACAAGCACAUUAGUUCGUUGUUGGGCGUGAGGUAGAUAUGGAUGCAUAUAAGUCACCUGCUUGUACCAUGCAGGUCAGCUUUGUUUGCCAGCGUUGUAGUCAGCCCCUUAAAUUGGACACAUCUUUCAAUGUUCUUGACAAAGUCACCAUCCAGGAAUUGACAGCUCCACUGCUUACUACUGUUCCAACAAAACUGAGUGAUGCACAGGAGGAAGAGACCCAUUUGACUGAGGAAGUGUUUGUUGAAAAUCGCCAAGAUGGAGUGUCCCGAAGAUUCAUUCCCCCAGCCAGGAUGAUGUCAACAGAAAGUGCCAACAGUUUCACUCUGAUUGGAGAGGCCUCUGAUGGAGGAACCAUGGAAAAUCUCAGCAGAAGACUCAAAGUCACUGGAGAUCUGUUUGAUAUCAUGUCUGGCCAAACAGAUGUGGAUCAUCCUUUAUGUGAAGAAUGCACUGAUACACUUCUGGACCAGUUAGACACGCAGCUUAAUAUCACAGAGAAUGAAUGCCAGAACUAUAAGAAAUGCCUUGAAAUCCUGGAGCAAAUGACUGAAGAUGACAAGGAGAAAUUACAGUUGGAACUGAAAGAAUUUGCUCUUGAGGAAGAGAGAUUAAUUGAAGAAUUGGAGGAAGUAGAGCAAAAGCGCAAGGCCCUGACUGAAGAUUUUGAGAAAGUCAAAACUGAGGCUGAGAGGCUGGAUCAGGAGGAAGCUGAGUAUCAAAAGGAAUACAGUGAAUUCAAGCGGCAGCAACUAGAAUUGGAUGAUGAACUGAAAAGUGUUGAUAAUCAAAUGCGUUAUGCCCAAAUGCAGCUGGACAAGUUAAAGAAAACCAACGUAUUUAAUGCUACUUUCCAUAUCUGGCAUAGCGGGCAGUUUGGCACAAUAAACAACUUUCGUCUAGGCCGCCUCCCAAGUGUCCCUGUGGAAUGGAAUGAGAUCAAUGCAGCCUGGGGGCAGACUGUUCUGCUUCUCCAUGCCCUUGCCAACAAGAUGGGCCUGAUCUUUCAAAGAUAUCGUCUUAUUCCAUAUGGAAAUCACUCUUAUUUAGAGUCUCUUACUGACAAAUCUAAGGAGCUACCUCUUUACUGUUCAGGAGGCUUACGAUUUUUCUGGGACAAUAAAUUUGACCAUGCAAUGGUGGCAUUUCUAGAUUGUGUACAACAGUUCAAAGAGGAAGUAGAAAAGGGUGAGACUCGUUUCUGUUUACCUUACAGAAUGGAUGUGGAAAAGGGCAAGAUUGAAGAUACAGGUGGAAAUGGUGGUUCCUACUCCAUUAAAACCCAAUUUAACUCAGAGGAACAGUGGACAAAAGCACUCAAGUUCAUGCUGACAAAUCUGAAAUGGGGCCUAGCUUGGGUUUCUUCGCAAUUCUAUAAUAAAUGACAAU